ACUGGCUGUUAAUCGCGUUACCCUAUUGGCACUUGCGGCAGAAGAUUUUCCCCUCCACAAAACCCCCAAAACCUCUGAGAAUUUUGAGAACCCGCUGCUGCAGCAGCAAUUCCUUCCGUCAAACGCCGAGCGAUGGGCCGAGCCGAGAGAGACCAACUGACUCGAACUCUCAAUCACCACCUCAACACCGUCCACGAGACCUUCCAGGUGUUGGAUCAAACCGCACCUUCAACACUUGAGAAGGUGAGCUGGGUGGAGGUCACAAAGAUGGGCGAUCAAGUCUCCAAACAAGCUACCAUUUUUGGAAUGCUUUGGACCGGAGGAGAAACACCGCAAGUUAGAGCACUUGAAGAAAACAUGGUUUCCUACUUCAAUACCCUGCAAGGUUUUCUUCUGCUUUCACAUGGGAGUACAGUCGGUGCAGGGCCUACGCUGGCUUCUUGUGUCCAUACGUCUGUAAAGCAAGUUGUUGACACCAGUUUUAAGCUGUGGAAGGAAUCUAUCUCUUUGUAUGGAGCACGGAAUAAAGAUGGGAAACUCUCAAUUCCACAGUGGGUCGGGGCAGUAUGGGAAGCGUGUUCUGCUCUCAAAAUGACACCUGCCACAAAUAUUACAGCAAUUGGGCGAGCAAUGACAAAGGUUGCAGUUUCGGUGAAAGAUGUUCUUCGUGAGAUGAAGGAGCUUAAGCCAGCUUCCUCUGACCCGACAGAUGGAUCCUCUAUUGAGCCUUCUACUGAAGCAGAGAUUGAACCCGAUGAUGAUGAAAUUUCAAGUGAUGGUGAUCUGGGCAAUGACUUGUCACCUGAAGAGAUGAGGGUUUCUCAAUUGGCAAUUGCCGUUGUGUCAGAGGCUCUUGUGGUAAUAAAGGAACUAAUUCGCACCAUCAGCGGUCUGCUUAAACUGGAAAACCCAAAUGGCGGCAGUAAUCUUGUGGAUUCCUUGGAGAAAUUGUUGAAAAUGUGUAAAGAAAUCGGAAUACAAAUAGACGAGCUUGGAGCUUGUUUAUACCCCCCACAAGAGGUUCCCGCUAUCAAGGCAGCAUCCGAGAAAAUCUCCAGUUUUGUUGAUGAUAUGCAAUCCGAAUUACAGAAUCUCAACGGAAAUCUGGAAGCUUUUAGUCAGGCGUGCAAUUGUUUGAAGAGUUCAUUGAGACAGCUCGAAUCCGAAGUGGCCUCUCCUAAUACUGUUGAUUUAGAAACCAGUGUGCAGAAUAUUGAUUUGAACAGCUAGGCGAGCGAGUGAGAGACGAAAUUGAUUUUGCAGAGCUUUGAAAGUCUUUGUUUUCGAGAAGAAAAUAUACCUUGUUUCGACAUUUGAAUUCAAGUUUAGAAUCCACCCUCGUUCUAUA